CUCAGAGGAAGAUGUCAUUUCCGGUGAAGAUGUGUGAUAAUUUCCGGGUUUUAUAGCAACAUGGCUGCGCCCUUAGGUCUGCACCUGGAGUUUGGAGGAGGAGCUGAACUUCUUUUUGAUGGGGUCAAGAAUCAUCAUGUGACACUCCCUGGCCAAUCAGAUCCUUGGGACAUGAAGCAGCUGCUCGCGUGGAUCCGAGGGAACAUGCUGAAGGAGCGCCCAGAGCUCUUUAUGCAGGGCGACACUGUUAGACCCGGGAUUCUCGUAUUGAUCAACGACGCAGACUGGGAACUGAUGGGUGAACUGGAGUACCAGCUUCAGGACCAGGAUAACGUCGUCUUUAUCUCCACACUUCAUGGAGGCUAACUGACUCUAAAUCAACACCACGCCCAUACAGGAGCCCCUCCACCCUUCAAAAGGUCAAAAAUCAGAUGAUCCAUCAACAACCGCAUCGGCGGCCGAUUUCAUUCCCAGCCGUGGGCUUCUCAACCAAUCCCGUGGAAAGACUUGUUUUGGUUUUAAGUCUAAUAAAACGUAUCGUCAUUGGGAAUCUGGCUGCGGAGGGGCGGUUCGCUGUCCCCUGUACCUUACAGGAGCGUGGCGGGGUUACGAUGGGGAGCAAGGGCUCAUUAGGAGGGUCACUCUGUCUAGCCAGUGUCCAGAUGGAUUCUCUUGAGACAUGGUGGACCAAUUGCCCCAUGUCAAAUGGCUGCGUUAUAAUUUUCAUUUAUUUUCUGUGCGACGCCUUUAGAGCUGUCAAUUGUAUGUUUACAAUAAGUCCUUUUUUAUAUUUUUGAUCUGAAUGAAUAAAUGUGUAAAUAUUGUCAUGAUAUUCUUUUAUUGGCACAAAUGUAAUUUUAUAUUUGGUGCAAUAAAGGCAAAUUUAAAUUAGUUUUGUUAGUAUUUAAAUAAAGAUAUCUUUACAUAUC